AGAAGAGAUAAGUAAAAAGGUAUUUGCAAUUAUUAAAGGAAAUAGUCGUGAUGAUGGUAUCAGUACAGGAACCGCUUUCUCGAAAGCGCCAGCUUGUAGAGGCCUCCUCAGGCGACACUAAGAGAAUUCGCAAUGAACUAAAUGCAGAUGAAUCGAACGAUUCUUUCUCUGAGAAGAUGUAUCUGGCUUACGUGAAGUCUGCUUUGGAUUCUUUAGAUAUGAAUGAAACGUUACAAAUAGACACCCUUGCAUCGAAAAUAAGACUUCCUAGAACUCACAGGGAAGCCAUUUCUAUCCCUAACUUCAAUAUCACUCUCAAAAUGUUAAUUUCCAAUAUUUCAAAACUUGACAAUAAAGCGUGUAAUAGUCUUAUUAUGUCUGUUUUGGAGUAUAAGUGGUUAAAAGUAAGUGCCAAUGAGCAAGCCGACGAGUCUAUGAGCGAGGACCAUGUUGUGGUUUCUAAGGAACAUGAGGCUAUAUUUAUAGACUUGUAUUCACAUUUCUUGUCGAUUUUAGUGUCAUCCCUACCAAAGUAUUUACAUGAUGUCACCACAAAAUUGAUAACAGAAUUUGUUGUGGUCGAUGCCCAAAACUUGGUGGGUGGGAACCAAAGACAUCACAACAUUCUCAAUAGAAUCAUCAAGUUUAUCCCUACUUCUGUAAACUCACUCCCAGGGGCUUUGCAGAAAAACUUUCCUCAUCACUUAGCAUCAAGUACUAGUGCACUUACAAACUAUGUAAGCAAUCUUUUACAAAUCCUCACAUACUGUCCAGAACUUCAAUAUGAUAUUUGGCAAAUGGUUAUUGAAUGUUGCAUCAAAUUGGAUGUUGAAUUGCAAAAUGAAUUGGAUGAUUUGGACGAUGAAGAAAUUGAAGAAUUAAUCAAUGGUAAUGAUGAUGAAGAUGACGAAGUACUUAUAAACCAACUUUCUGGUGACGAAGACGAAGGAGAAGAAGAUGAAGACAAGGAUGGUGACGAUGGCUCAGACUCUGAAGAUGAAGGUCCAGAGGGAGAAGUGGAGUAUCUCAUGGAAAAUUUGCAUUCUACAUCUAGCAUUAAAAAAAUUCUGAUUAAACUAGACUCCAUCAUUACUUUACUACUUCGUACAACCGAGUCAUCAUUUACAGUCGAGGAAUUGAAUGAUGGAAAUGGUGUAUACUUAUUUAACACACUUACAUCAUUAUUCAAAACUCAUAUAUUACCUACGCAUUUUACAAAGCUGAUUCAGUUCACACUUUUUCAUAUAUCACAGUACCAACCCGAAUUGGCUGAUUCAUUUUUGGUAUUACUCAUAGACGUUGCAUUCAACACCAGUGAAAUUCUUGAAAAAAGACUCAAGGCAAUGCAAUAUCUCUCAUCAUAUAUCGCUAGAGCGAAAAAUCUUUCAAGACAUCAAAUUGUGUUUGUUGUGAGCUACUUAAUCGGAUGGUUAAAUAAAUACGUUAUUGAACGAGAAUGUGAAGUAUUUGAUAGAGAAAGUGAUAACAAGGGUCGCGCAUCCGCAUCUAAUCCAACUAAGGGUUCUAACGGUGGUAUGGAAAGAUUCAAAUUAUUUUAUGCUGCUUUCCAAGCAUUAUUGUACAUUUUCUGUUUUAGAUAUAAAAUGUUGUACAAGAUCCCAGACUCCUCAUCCACACAAUCAGAUUCUGAAUGGGAAUGUGAAUUGGAUAAGUUUUUCCAAAGAGCAAUGAUUGCUAAGUUCAAUCCGCUUAAAUUUUGUGACGAAACUGUCGUUUAUAUUUUUGCAAAGAUUGCAACCAAGUUAAACGUAUGUUAUUGUUACUCUAUCAUUGAGCACAAUAAGAGGGAAAGAAUGUUACAAACAAAUGGUUCAUCUUCAUUACCUUCUGCAGUAAGUAACUUCAAACAAAAGCAAGAGUUUUUGGACUUGGAAGCAUACUUUCCCUUCGAUCCAAUAGUAUUACCUACAAGUAAGAAAAUCAUAAGUCAAAACUAUGUCGAAUGGGCAGAUGUGAACCCUAGUAACGAAGAUGAUGACGAGGGUGAAGAUAGCGGUAGUCACCAAGAUAUGGAUAGUGAUGAUGAGGAAAUUACAAGUGAUGAAGAUCUUUAGAUCGAUAUAUAG